UAAAACAAGAAGAAGAAGAAAACAAUGAGAAAGCUUCCGGACAGUGAUCACGUCAACACUCCACAUCCUGGCUGUCUGGGCUUUUCUACAUUAUCUUAAGAACAAUUUAGUGACGUACUUCUGGUCGGACAGCGACCCCACUCUUCAUACCAGCGUCGUCUGAAAGACAAGGGGUCAUCUCUAUCUACGAGGCCGCGCAGUGACCAUGUCAGCGGCCGUGGACUUCCAUUCUAAGAUCGCCUCCAUCAUGGAGGUUCUGGCAAACGCGGCCGUUGCUGAAAUCUGUAAAGUUGUGGACGACGGGUACGUGGUGGUUCACCUGGAAAUGUCCCGGAGCCAGAAGGAGAACGAGUUCCUGCGGAGGAAGAUCAAACUGCUGGAGCUGCAGAUCGCCCGCUACCGAGCGGAGAGAGUGAGGGGAGCGGAGGCGUCCAUCAACAGCCGCUUCCCCGGAGUCCGCCUCCUCAACCGGCAGAGCAAGGACUCACCGGCCGGCCCCUCUCUGCAGGGCAGGACCAGGUUCCUGAACAGAGGUAAAGGGACUCAGCAGUGUGUGCAGAAAAGCCAGCCUAUCAACCUUGACCAGGAUCCUGAUCAGGAGGUCGUUACCACUACCAAGACUGAGUCAGCAGAGCUGGUAGAGGAGGGGGAGCUGCUGAUCAUCAAGGUGGAGGGAGCGAUGGAGGCCAUGGGCACCACCAAUGAGGCGCCGCCAGACUCAGGCAUUGGCACUGGAGGAGGUGCCAACACCACAACUUCACUCCACGCAACUUCAAUGGACCGCAGCGAUGGCAAGCCGACAAGAUGCAGCAACAUAAUGGAGGGCCAGGGACGUCUGAAAAACACGAGCAGUCCUCAGGAGGAAAAGAUGCAUGAAGCGCCAGGUGACACCCCAGAGAAACAGAGACCUUCCCAAGCCCUGCUGGACUGGCAGGAGAACAGUGAGACUGAAGAUAUGCAGCAGCCAUCUUGCUCCAAACACACACUACAGAGUGUACCAGUAAACUCCUCGUUCAGUCAAACAAGGACAAAUGUUGCCUCUGGCUUCCCAACUGCCCCCAGAAUGCCUGAGUGCAACAUGGAUGGGAUGAACCAUGAGUCUAAACAGGACAUCAUUGUGAUAAACUCAAACAAAUCGUCUUUUGGACGAGGUGGAGGUGACAGAGCUGAUGAAGAGACGCCUCUUGGCAAUAUCAGGUCCCAGAAUCAGCCACUGCUGUAUAUUCAGAUUAGUGACUCCCCCAGUGAAGUGAUGUAUGAAGCAAGUCACAUCUCUUCCUUCAACAGUCCCCCUGUUUCAAUCGCAACAGUGGACUCCCAGUAUCAGCAAACACAAUAUUCAUGGUCUGAAAUGGGGCAGAUGGACAGUGCCUGCUCCUCCAGUAAGAACCACCUUCACGAGUCUGGUUCAGCUCAGACCCAGCAGCAGCAGCAGCACUGCCUCCCCUAUGCAUGCACCUACUGCUCACGCCGUUAUGGCCACCAAUGCCAGCUGCGCAUCCAUGAGCGUGUCCACACGGGGGAGAAGCCAUACCAGUGCACCAAAUGUGGGAAAAGCUUCGGCCAGUUCUGCAGCCUCAAGCGCCACCAGAUGGUCCACACGGGGGAGAGGCCGUUCCCCUGCCCACAUUGUGGGAAGCAGUUUUCGACCUCCACCAAUCUGAAGGUCCACCAGAGUGUCCACACUGGGGAGAAAAGGUUCCACUGCUCCAAGUGUGGCAAGAACUUCUCCUUCCUCAGCAACCUGAUUAGACACCAGGCUCUGCACUCUGUGAAGUAGAGCCACUUACCAAGUUUAUGUUCUUUUAGGGACAAAAUAAUGUGAACAGCUUACAGUAGGAUGCAAUCAGAACAAAAUCACAAAAACCCAGGGUGGUUUGUCAUAUUCACAUUACUGUCAUAGUCACAUUGUUGUGUAAUGCUCCCAUUAUAGUGUCAUGUUCACAUUGUUGUGUAAUGUUCCCAUUAUAGUGUAAUGUUCACAUUGUUGUGUAAUGUUCCCAUUAUAGUGUCAUGUUCACAUUGUUUUCUCACGUGCACAAUAUUUGACAUUAUUGUCAUGCUACCAUUAUUUUAUCAUGUCCACAUUGUUCCACACUAAUGUAGAAUGUGCACACUACUCUAUCAUGCUCACGUUAUCAUGUGCUGCUGAUAAAUGUGAAGAUAUUUA